AUGACUUUCGUACAGGGUAUUUUGGGAAGUGGCUUCGCCCUGAAAGUGCAACAGCAUCAAAGAGAGAAGCAUUUGAUUCGAAGGCGAGUCCCGGCCGCCACACUCAUCCAGAGUUUGUGGCGUUGUUAUGCAGCCGAUGUGGACUCCACGUCUGUCGCGACUUGGAAAAUUCAUAUGACACCGCUGAAGACUGCAACAAGCGAAUUCGUCGACAAAGCCUCAGGCAGACUGGCUCGAUUCACCACAGUGAAAAAGAAAACUCAGUCCACCACAACCAGUACGGGUACCCUGACGAGUCCGGAACCCGUGGCCAGUCCCACUCCCGCCGGAACACGAUUUGCCACGUUGGCCACAAUUCGUAAUGUGAUCAACGAAUCGGUGACCCAAGACGAUCGUUUGGUCCGAAUUUAUUGCAUCAUCCAACACACUUUAUAUUCCGAGCACCGUCGUCUGCUUUGCAUUCGUUUCAUCGGUCAAUUGGCGGGCUUUCAAGUGUUUAUCUAA